CGAACUAGAAACAUGGUCAAGAUUAGCUGUUCGUUGGUGGUGCUCCUUUCGGUCUGCGCCUGUUCUUAUGCUCAAUAUGAGUAUCCACAGCAGCGUCCUUCCCCGGGAACUGGAGCUCAACCAACUGGUGGACCGGUGGACAAUAGAAUCUUUGGAAAUCUCCUCGGUGGAGGUGGAGGCGGUGGACUCCUUAGCGGACUCCUUGGAGGUGGCGGCGGAGGAGGUGGCGGCCCAUUAAGCAACUUGCUGGGCGGCUUUUUGGGCGGCAAUCGCCCACAACCUCAGCCCUACCCCGUUCCCGUUCCCGCCUAUGGUGGAGGAUAUGGUGGUGGAUUCGGUGGUGGCUACCCGAUCGGAGGUGGCGGCUACACAGGAGGUCUUCCUGGUGGCUUUCCUGGAGGAUUUGGAGGUGGCUACGGCAACCCCUACGGCGCAUAUUAUGGCUAA